UAGAGGUGUUACGGGAUGACAGCUGGAAGAGCAUCUGUAACGCCAAGCUUUGAUCAAAGGGCAGCUGAGAUCGUUUGCCAGGAACUAAAAUGUGGAGCUCCAAAAGAAUAUCGAGGAGGAAUGUUUGGUCAAGGAACGAUUUCAGUUUGGGAGAAAAAGAUUCAGUGCACAGGAAAUGAAGCAAACGUUUUUGAUUGCCCAUCCUCAGAAACUUCAGCAGAGCAUUGUACUCAAAGAAAGGAUGUUGGCCUUGUUUGUGUUCCUUACAGACUGGUGAACGGCUUCAGCUCCUGUUCUGGUCGAGUUGAACUUUACUAUGGGCAGCAGUGGGGGACCAUCUGUGAUCGCUACUGGGACCUGCAGGAUGCCAGUGUUUUCUGCAAUCAGAUAGGGUGUGGAUAUGCAACUGAAGCUCCUGGACAGGCCAAGUUUGGAGAAGGUCAAGGAGAAAUCUGGAGAGAUAAUCUUCAGUGUGAGGGAAAUGAAUCUGACUUGACAAAGUGCCCAGCUCUUGAUUAUGGACAAGAGGAGUGCACACAUAGGAAUGAUGCUGGAGUUAUUUGUUCUCGUGAGUAUUUUUACAUGAUUUGUUCAUCUAAAUGA